AUGAGCACCACCACCAGCACCAUUACCAACCUCUCCACCACCACCCCCACCAACACCAACAACAUUAAUAAUGCCCCAAAAAUUACUCCUUCCCUCGUAGACUGCUCCAACUUUACGAGCAACCAUAACCUCCCCCACUCUUUAUUCAUCCAGAAUGAACAGCAGCAACCACAAGCCUGUGCCGCGUGCAAACAUCAGCGCAGAAAAUGCGCUCCUGACUGCCUCCUGAGGCCCUACUUUCCGCACGACCGACAACGACAGUUCCUCAACGCCCACAAGUUGUUCGGUGUUAGCAACAUUGGCAAGAUCAUCCGCCCUCUCUCCCCCACCCACCGUGACCUCGCCAUGCGCACGAUCAUCUUCCAAUCAGAUGCCCGCGCCUCUGACCCCGUCGGUGGCUGCCUCCACAUCGUUCGCGACCUCCAACGCCGCAUCGACCUCGCCACCGCCGAGCUCCGCCUCGUCCUCCACAACCUCGCCCUCUGUCGCGCCCACCACCAGGCCCAAAUCUCUGUCCUAGAGAAUAAUGCGACUGCGGUGCCGCAGCCGCCUCAGCACGAGCACGAUGAGCUUCAGGAGCAUGAAGAGGAGGAGGCAGUGGUGGAUCAUAAUUAUAGCAGUAACGAUGAUGAAAAGAGAAAUGCCAAUGGUAAUUUUAGUGUUGGUGGGUACAUAGGUGUUCAGCAUAGUAGUAGCCACCAUUUGCAGGAUUUGUGUUCGUGGCUCAUGCAAGAUUCCGUCUCGUCUUCUCCGACAUCAUCGCCGCCGCCGCCAUCUUCACAUGUUAAGCAAAUAAAGUUUGUUGAUUCAAGGUAUGUACGUGCACAGUAG